GCGACGGCGGCGUCUCCUCACGGUGGGCCCGGCACGUCGGGCCGCGACAGUUGGUCUGUGGGCUGUGGAAGCGGCCGAGCCCGGACCAUGGAUGGUUCCUUUGUCCAGCACAGUGUAAGAGUUCUGCAAGAGCUCAAUAAGCAGCGGGAGAAGGGCCAGUACUGUGAUGCCACCUUGGAUGUGGGGGGCCUGGUUUUCAAGGCACACUGGAGUGUCCUUGCCUGCUGCAGCCACUUCUUCCAGAGCCUCUAUGGAGAUGGCUCCAGGGGCAGCGUUGUCCUCCCUGCUGGCUUCUCAGAGAUCUUUGGCCUCUUGCUGGACUUUUUCUACACUGGUCACCUGGCUCUCACCUCAGGGAACAGGGAUCAAGUGCUCCUGGCAGCCAGGGAAUUACGAGUACCUGAGGCUGUGGAGCUAUGCAAGAACUUUCAGCCCCAAACCUCAAUGGGACAGGCACCAAGUGGCCAGAGUGGACCAGGGACACCUGUCUCACAGGAUGUGAAAGGCCACCUCAAGGAGCCAUCAGACUUAGAAGACGAUGAAGUUUCGAAGACUCUGGGCAUGGUGCCCAGGGAUCAGGAGCCCAUGGACAGUCAUAGCCCUCAGGGGCUCAGUCACCCUGCUCAGAGCAGCCCCUCCUUCCUCUGUGGGAAACUCAAGCAGGCUCUAAGGUCUUGUCCCUCAGAGGACAAGGACCCUGGGGACGGCAAAGUGUUCACGAGGUCCUUUGAAGCCGAAGAUGCCCCGCUGCAUCGAGAGAGUAAUGAGUGGGAAGUGGUGGUUCAAGUUGAGGACGACGGGGAUGGCGAUUACGUUUCUGAACCUGAAACUGUGCUGUCCAGGAGGAAGUCAAAAGUAAUGAGCAAGCCCUGUGCUGCCCAGCCAACCUUGGGUGCGAGUUCCCUAGCAGCUGAGCCCGCUGAGAGCAGAAAAGGCACAGCGGUGCCGGUUGAAUGCCCCACGUGCCAUAAAAAGUUCCUCAGCAAAUAUUACCUAAAAGUCCACAACAGGAAACACACUGGGGAGAAGCCCUUCGAGUGUCCCAAAUGUGGCAAGUGUUACUUUCGGAAGGAGAACCUCUUGGAGCAUGAAGCCCGGAAUUGCAUGAACCGCUCGGAACAGGUCUUCACGUGCUCCGUGUGCCAGGAGACCUUCCGCCGGAGGACAGAGCUGCGCACGCACAUGGUGUCGCACACAGGGGAGAUGCCCUACAAGUGCUCCUCCUGCUCCCAGCAGUUCAUGCAGAAGAAGGAUUUGCAGAGCCAUAUGAUCAAGCUGCACGGAGCCCCCAAGCCUCACGCGUGUUCCACCUGUGCCAAGUGCUUCCUGUCCCGCACGGAGCUGCAGCUACACGAGGCCUUCAAGCACCGCGGGGAGAAGCUGUUUGUGUGCGAGGAAUGUGGGCACAGGGCCUCCAGCCGCAACGGGCUGCAGAUGCACAUCAAGGCCAAGCACAGGAAUGAGAGGCCCUACGUGUGUGAGUUCUGCAGCCAUGCCUUCACGCAGAAGGCCAAUCUCAACAUGCACCUGCGCACACACACGGGCGAGAAGCCCUUCCAGUGUCACCUCUGUGGCAAGACCUUCCGCACCCAAGGUGAGCUAGGCCGGUUCCCUUCCUUGUCCUGGGGACACGCUCAGUGGCUGAGCUCCGCCUUGUCCCCCACAGCCAGCCUGGACAAGCACAACCGAACCCACACAGGCGAGAGGCCCUUCAGCUGCGAGUUCUGCGAGCAGCGCUUCACGGAGAAGGGGCCUCUACUGCGGCAUGUGGCCAGCCGCCACCAGGAGGGCCGGCCCCACUUCUGCCAGAUCUGUGGCAAGACCUUCAAAGCGGUAGAGCAGUUACGUGUGCACGUCCGACGACACAAGGGGGUGAGGAAGUUCGAGUGCACGGAGUGCGGCUACAAGUUCACUCGGCAGGCCCACCUGCGAAGGCACAUGGAGAUCCAUGACCGCGUGGAGAACUACAAUCCCCGGCAGCGCAAGCUCCGCAACCUGGUCAUUGAGGACGAGAAGGUGGUGGUGGUGGCCCUGCAGCCUCCCGCAGAGCUGGAGGUGGGCUCAGCCGAGGUCAUUGUCGAGUCCUUGGCCCAGGGUGGCCUGGCCACCCAGCUCCCUGGCCAGAGACUGUGUGCAGAAGAGAGCUUUGCUGGCUCAGGUGUCCUAGAGCCCUCGCUCAUCAUCACAGCUGCUGGCCCCGAGGACUGUGACACAUAGCCCACCCUGCCCACUUGGCCCAGCCCCCAAUACACAUGUGGCUUUAUA